AUGUCCACCGGUAUCAACAUCCAGCAGAAACAGUCUUCCCAUAAACCGCUGUUCUCUUCGCAUUCACGGAAGCGACACUCUGCGCCCUCAAUUCCACCGGCGGGCGAUUCAGAAAGGUCUUCACCAAUGCAUUCAGAGAAACCGAUCAUGACGCAAAGGUCGCGACUCGUGAAGGCGGGCUUAAUCAUCGCCGGCGCAUUUCUGUUCCUGUUGUACUUGGUACCAUCGCGGCCAUCUAUUCCUUAUAACAUAGGAGACAAGGGUGUCACCGACGCCACAUCCCCUUCCUCCUCGACGAAAUGCACCAAAUCCUAUGAUCCAUCGAAGCCUUUAAGACAGUAUGUGCUGAUGAUCGAUGCCGGCAGCACCGGGUCGCGUAUUCACGUCUAUCGCUUCAACAACUGCGGACCGACUCCCGAACUGGAAGAUGAAGUCUUCAAAAUGACUGAGAAGAAGAAGGGUGGAUCCGGUUUGAGUUCGUAUAAGACGGAUGCUGAGGGCGCGGCAAAGAGUCUCGACGUUCUGAUGGAUGUUGCAAUGGCAAAUGUUCCUGACGAGUACAAGUCUUGCACACCGGUUGCAGUGAAAGCAACUGCUGGUCUGCGAAUGCUUGGACAAGAAAUGAGUGAGAAAAUUUUGGAGGCAGUGAGACAUCGCUUAGAAACCGUUUAUCCUUUCCCCGUCGUCUCCAAAGAAAAAGGAGGAGUGGAGAUUAUGGACGGCAGUGACGAGGGUGUUUACGCUUGGAUCACGACGAACUAUCUUCUGGGUAAGAUUGGUGGGCCUGAUCAGACUCCUACAGCUGCUAUCUUCGAUUUGGGCGGUGGCUCGACACAAAUUGUCUUCCAGCCGACUUUUGAUAGCAAAUCAGGUGGUAUGCCGGAGAAGCUUGCCGAAGGUGAUCACAAGUAUGAAUUGCAGUUUGGUGGGCGCGAGUUCGAACUCUAUCAGCACUCCCAUCUUGGAUACGGUCUCAUGGCUGCCCGUGAGGCUGCUCACAAGUCUGUUGUCGAAGCUAAGUUCGCAACAAGUCCAAAUGAUUUGGCUUGGACUCGUCAUCCCAUUUCUAAUCCCUGUAUCGGUCCUGGAAUGCAGCAACAAGUCAAUCUCACCUUCCCCGUUGAUCACCCCCUCGGACCCGAAAUCUCAGUCGUAAUGGCUGGACCUAACGAACUAUCUGCGCCUGCCCAAUGCCGCGGAAUAACCGAAAAGAUCUUGCACAAGGAAGCCGAAUGUAAACUAGCACCGUGUUCCUUUAAUGGAGUUCACCAACCUUCCCUCGAAAAGACUUUCGCCAAGGAAGAUGUAUACAUAUUUUCCUACUUCUACGACCGAACCAAGCCGCUUGGAAUGCCUGACUCAUUCACCCUCCAUGAGUUACAGCGCUUGACCGAAAUCGUUUGUGCUGGCAAGGAUAAUUGGGGCAUCUUUGAAGGUAUUGAGGGCGCGAUGGAGGAGCUUCAAGGCCGUCCAGAGUCUUGCUUGGAUCUCAACUUUAUGCUUGGCCUUCUUCACACCGGCUACGAGAUGCCCCUGUCUCGUGAGGUCAAGAUUGCUAAGAAGAUAAAGAAUAACGAACUUGGCUGGUGCUUGGGUGCAAGUCUGCCACUACUAAGUCAGGAAUCAGGCUGGACCUGCCGUAUCAAAGAAGUGUCAUAG